AAAAUGCAGCUUUGGUGGACUUUAACGCUUGGAUUCUGGAGCGUCUGCGGCGAGCUGCCCUUCAUAGCGGAGAACAACGCGGCCAUGCUGGUCAACUGGAAUGCAGUGGAUGGAAACAAGAAGCUGCAAGUGAUCUACGAUACUAAUGUUAAAGAGCCUGGCAACAUGUCAUUCGUCAAAGACACAGUGGAUAAACUUUUAAAAGGAUAUGAUAUUCGUCUCAGGCCAGACUUUGGAGGUGCCCCUGUGGCGGUUGGCAUGAGCAUAGACGUGGCUAGCAUAGACAUGGUGUCCGAAGUGAAUAUGGACUACACGCUGACUAUGUAUUUCCAGCAGUACUGGAGGGACAAGAGGCUGGCCUACUUGGGCAUUCCCCUCAACCUAACCCUGGACAAUCGGGUAGCGGACCAGCUGUGGGUGCCCGAUACCUACUUCCUCAAUGAUAAGAAGUCCUUUGUGCAUGGCGUCACUGUGAAAAACCGCAUGAUUCGUCUGCACCCAGACGGGACCGUUCUUUACGGCCUCAGAAUCACCACGACGGCCGCUUGCAUGAUGGACCUGAGGCGAUACCCGCUGGACGAACAGAACUGCACGCUGGAGAUUGAGAGCUAUGGCUACACGACGGACGACAUCGAGUUUUAUUGGAAAGGCGGCGACACGGCAGUGACGGGUGUGACGCGCAUAGAGCUCCCGCAGUUCUCCAUUGUGGACUACAAGCUGGUUUCCAGAAAUGUGGUAUUUUCCACAGGUGCCUACCCUCGACUGUCUCUAAGCUUCAAGCUGAAGAGGAACAUCGGCUACUUCAUCCUGCAGACGUAUAUGCCCUCCAUCCUGAUCACCAUCCUGUCCUGGGUCUCCUUCUGGAUCAACUACGACGCCUCGGCCGCCAGAGUCGCUUUAGGCAUCACCACUGUGCUGACUAUGACCACCAUCAACACGCACCUGAGGGAGACGUUGCCCAAGAUCCCGUACGUGAAGGCCAUCGACAUGUACCUGAUGGGUUGCUUCGUCUUUGUCUUCCUGGCCUUGCUGGAGUACGCCUUCGUCAACUACAUCUUCUUCGGGCGGGGCCCGCGCAUGCAGAAGAAGCUGGCCGAGCGGGCGCAGAAGGCAAACAACGACCGGGCCGCUUUCGACCGGCCCAAGGCCGACUCUCAGGGGAACAUCCUGCUGACCACCCUUGAGAUCCACAACGAGGUGGGCGGCCACGCCAUCACCAGCACCACCCGCAGCAGCACCAGCAGCAGCCUGUACGACGCCACGCGCAACUCCACCCCCGUCCCGCUGGACAACUCCUCGGGGGUCCAGUACAGACGGAGCAGCGGGCGGGCCGCCCGUCCCCUAGGUGGCCCGGAUGUGAGGCGGAGCCGCCUGAGGAGGCGAUCGUCGCAGCUGAAAAUCAAAAUCCCAGACCUGACGGACGUGAACGCCAUCGAUCGCUGGUCCCGUUUCAUCUUCCCCUUCUCAUUUUCCUUCUUUAAUGUCGUCUACUGGCUCUACUACGUCAAUUAA